AUGGGUGAAAAACAAACAAAACUCAAAAAUCAUGAAGAAUUAUCUGAAUCAGUAAAUCCAAAUUCUUAUCAAUUAAAUCAUUCUACAAUUAGUACAGCGACUAUAUCAAAGACUCAAAUAACAAUUCAAUCUCAACUACAAUUACAAGAAAUUCAAACAAAAAAGAAUCAAUUUCAACAAGUUGCAGUUACUAUUACUGUAGGGAAUGAAAAAAGACAUCAAUUGAAUCAACUCUCUAAUCCUUGGGGGAUCUUUAUUGAUAAUGAUGAUAAAUCAAUUUAUAUUGCUGAUUCAUGGAAUCAUCGUAUUGUUAAAUGGAAAUUGGAUUCAAAUAAAGGUAAAAUCAUUGCAGGUGAAAAUGGAAAAAGAAAUCAAAAUAAUCAAUUGAGUUGGCCAAGAGAUAUCAUUUUUGAUAAAGAAAAUAAUUCUUUUAUUGUUUCUGAUGAAACAAACAUCCUAGUAAUUCGAUAUACUGAUAAAAAUCAACAAAUUAUUAUUUCAAAUAUUGUUUGUUGGGGUCUAACAAUUGAUAAAAAUGGAUAUGUCUAUGCUUCUGAUUAUGAAAAACAUGAAGUAAGACGAUGGAAACAAGGAGAUAAAGAACGUGAAUUAGUUGCAGGUGGAAAUGGUCGGGGAAAUCAUCUUAAUCAACUUAAUGGACCUACUUUUAUCUUUAUUGAUGAGGAUUUCUCUCUUUAUAUAUCAGACUCUUUAAACCAUCGUGUAAUGAAAUGGAGAAAAGAUGCAACAGAAGGGAUUAUUGUGGCUGGUGGAAAUGGUCGAGGAAAUAGUCUCAGACAAUUGUCUUCUCCUCAAGGAGUGAUUGUUGAUCAUUUCGGUCACAUCUAUGUGGCAGAUUCUAAUAAUCAUCGAGUAAUGCGUUGGUGUGAAGGAGAUAAAGAAGGUGAAAUUGUUGUUGGUGGAAAUGAAAGAGGAAAUCUAUCAAAUCAAUUGAAUUCUCCCGUAGGUUUAUCAUUUGAUAAUGAAGAAAAUCUUUAUGUUGUUGAUUCGUUUAAUCAUCGAAUCCAAAAAUAUGAAAAAAUUGUUUUAAUUUAA